AUGAGUAUGUGGUGUGCAGCCUUUGCGCUACUUCUGUUGACGUCCAACGCGUUAUCAGCGCCGAUAGCGCAGACUUCUGAAUCGAAUGAGGAAAAGUCUGAUGUUCCGGUUGAACAACUCGAAAAACUUAAAAUGGAAGAUCUACCCACAGAAAACCAAGAAUUGAAAAGUGAACAUAUGGAGUACCAUAGACUAGAUACAGUACAGGCAAAUGGCGAACUAGUAUCAAGAUUGGAACAGCACGCAUCAGCCGAAGCAGUUGAUGAUGAGAAACCUCGAAUGCACUCCGAGACUCAAGUGGAUCUACCAGCUAAGGAUAUCCACAAAACUCUGGUACAGGAUGGAGACCGUCUGAGCGUUGUGGAUGGUACUCCUACAACAACGGUUCCAAGCGAGGAACAAACAGCUAAGGUGUUUCACGGAGCAGCUCGUCUAAUUCAACCGGGUUCCGCAACAACAAAUCCUUCUAACGGCCACACAGCUGUACGACGCGCUUUCAACGCUGAUAUUACUAAGGAAACCAAAAAUAACAUGGAUCACUACUCAUCCUAUGCUGGGGUACAGUAUUCUCCUUUGGAUAUGGCUGAGUACGUCUUCUGGACUGGCGAUGAGCACGGAGUUACCAACGCUAUAGAAGAGUUCUUACAAGAGGGCUUGAUGACAAAAGAGGAGGCUAUAGCGUUUCUCCAGGAAAUUAAGUUCAACAUCGACUACUUGAGAGCCCACUACGCUCAGACUGUAAAUGCGGAAAAUGCGCAGCAGGAGAAAAUGAGAAACGCUCUGAUUGAACAGAACGCUAAGAUGUACCAAUACCGGCCAAUGUUGCAGUCAUUUCCGUUCGGCGGAAGCCCAGAUAUAGUCCGCUCGAUCGCCGGAAAGUCGUGGGAUAUGAGUAACAAUCUCGGCGUGGUGCCAGCCCUGCCUGUCUCCACAGACCUAAGGCCGGAGAUUGCGAAGCGCGCUUACGACCCGAUGCUACAGACUAACGUUAUUAGUACAUCGGACUACGACCGCGAUGGGCCCAUUGUAAGUGAAGAAGAGUAUGAAGAAAUGAUGGACAAGCUUCGAGCUGCAGACACCCUUUACACGGAGUACACCCUGGAGGAGGUCAUAUAUCAACUAGCCAAGAUGAUGUUCUCACAGUCGCUAUCUCGCGAGCCGGCAAGUGCGCGUGCGUCGAUGCAACGCUUCAUGACAUUCCUGGAGAUGGAGGCUGAGAGGGGACAACUCUCUAGAAACAUCGAGAAGAAAGUUCUGGACGUAAUGAUUGCGGCUCUAACGGACACAAUUGGUGAUCACCCCGAACUAUUGCAAGCAAGAGAUGGGGUGACCGUCAACCCAGCUAACAGGAUAAUGCGGCAACUUGGAGAUGGCACGCCAGCAACAGGACUCAACCGUGCCAUUCUCUCGGCUUACAAACACGAACUCUUGAAGGGCCCACCUCACCAUUAA